ACACUGCCGCUGAGCUUAGUAAAUCGUUUAGGUGAACGCCCAUUGAGUCGCCGGGGCCGCCAGGGUGAAGGUAAAUUGUCGGUAGUAGGAAAAGAUGGUUUACAAGUGUGUAUGGAUGUGGCACAAUUCAAGCCAAGGGAGCUGUUUCUGAAAGUCUUUGAUAACAGCAUUGUUGUCGAGGGCAAGCACGAGGAACGAGAGGAUGAGCACGGGUUCAUUUCACGACACUUUGUCCGUCGAUAUGCACUACCAAAGGGCUAUAACGCCGACAAUAUAGUUUCCACGCUAUCAUCAGACGGAGUUCUAACAGUCAGUGCUCCUAAGCCACAGGAGGAAGCAUCGAAUGAACGUGUUGUACAAAUUCAACAGACUGGUCCAGCUCAUUUGAAUGUUAAACAAAAUGCAGAGGAGAAGAUCGGAGAUGCCAACGGAGAGGCUGAACAGAAAUAAAUCGUGGCCAAAAGUUUGAAAUACAACACAUAUAUAGUAUACAUACAAUACAUACAUUCAUACAUAUUUUAAGUCAUUCCGUAUGUGCAUUUUAUAUUUUUAAGGCGUAAUUUUCAAAAUUGCUAUUUAUGAAUUUGUUCUACUUAGUAUACGCAUUGUAAUUGAAUUUCUUAAAUUUUACUUUAUCUAAUGAUAUAUGAAUUAAAAAAAAAAUAAAAGUUACAAAAAC